AUGGCUUCAGAGAAGAACCAGAAAUUACCAGUUUUUAAUACUUUGGAGAAAGAAGAAGAGAGUGAUCAUGACAAGAAAGUCUCUUCUUCUUCAGCCAUGACCAAGAAAGGAGCUUAUGCUGCAAUCUCUUACAUGGUUUCUGCAGUUCUUUUGGUGAUGUUCAACAAAGCUGCCUUGUCUUCAUACAAAUUCCCAUGCGCAAAUGUCAUCACACUUGUUCAGAUGGCAUCUUCACUAGCAUUGCUUUAUGUAAUGAAACGCUGGAAGAUAAUUUCUUUCACAGCUGAACCCCAAAGCAAUACUGAUAAUCCAGGAACUCUAGUACCACUGAAGACAUUAGUUCACACUCUUCCUCUUGCAAUAUCAUAUUUGUUCUACAUGUUGGUCACCAUGGAAUCAGUUCGGGCUAUUAACGUUCCGAUGUAUUCCACCCUCAGACGAACUACAGUGGCAUUCACAAUGAUUGUGGAGUACUUGUUAACUGGGAGUAAACAUUCAUAUCCAGUUGUUGGCAGUGUGGGGAUGAUAUUACUUGGCGCCUUUUUUGCCGGGGCUCGUGAUUUGUCUUUCGAUGCCUAUGGAUAUUCUGUUGUCUUUGUAGCAAACAUUUGCACAGCAAUAUACCUUGCUUCAAUUGCCCGUAUUGGCAAAUCCAGUGGUCUGAAUACCUUUGGCCUUAUGUGGUCCAAUGGAAUAAUAUGCUUACCAAUCUUGCUUUUGUGGACAUUCAUCAGUGGUGACCUAAGACUGAUGAUAAGCUUUCCUCAUUUGUUCUCCCUUGGAUUUCAGGCCGUGAUGCUUCUUUCCUGUAUUAUGGCUUUCAUGAUAAAUUACUGUGUAUUUUGGAAUACCACACUCAAUUCAGCACUCACACAGAAUAUUUGUGGUAAUUUGAAGGAUCUUUUGACAAUUGGGCUUGGCUGGUUACUGUUUGGUGGGCUUCCCUUUGAUUUGGUAAAGUCCAAGCCGCUAAAUGUUGUUGGCCAAUCUCUUGGAUUCUUUGGUUCCUGUUUGUAUGCUUACUGUAAACUUCGAGGUCAUCUACCUCUGAAUCCUUCCGAUGAUAACGACGAUAAUUCUAGUGAUGCUGCUAAUUUAGGAGAUUAA